AUGUGUCUCCGUUGGUCAUUCAUAUUGAUAUUUGUUUCAAUAAUAUUAUAUCAAAUUUCAUAUAUUCAUUCAACUCCAAUUAUUUCUGGAUCAUCUAGUCAUAUUCUUGAUGAAAGUGAUGAUGAAUAUCAACAUGCAUACAAUGGUUUUAUUUAUUUUAUUAAAAAUAUUCUUGAUGAAAGAAGUAUAUAUGAACAAGCAACACUACUUAAUCAAUUACGUGAGUAUCUUAAUCGUAUGUGUAUUGCUGGAAUUUUUGGACCAUCACAUUCUGAUGCAUGUCAACGUGUAGCUGAUAUUCUUCAUCAAACUUAUAUACAUAAUCAUAGAAAUGAUGAUGAAAAUAAUGAUACAUCCAAUGAAACACAUGGAAUACAAAAACGUUUCUUUUGUAAUGGUUUUAUUGGCUGUAAAAAUGUUUCUGGAUGA